AUCUUCAUUGAUCUAUUCAGAAAGCCUCCUUCUUUGUUCUUCUUCUUUUCCUUCUUGUACCUUGAAUUGAAAUGGCUCUCUCACCAUCCACGCCAAUUGUUGUGAAAGACUUUGUUUCCGAGUUGGGUACCUUCAUCCAAAUCUACAGUGAUGGAACUGUGAAAAGGCCAUUGCAAUCACCAUUUGUGGCACCAAUGCUUGAUGACCCUAACACAAACACUGGACUCUCAUCCAAAGACAUAGUCAUCUCACACAACCCCCCAAUUUCUGCUCGCCUAUACCUGCCAAGGAUCACCAACCAACCUCAUCACAAAAUCCCAAUCUUGGUCUAUUUUCAUGGUGGUGCUUUCAUCAUUGAAUCUGCUUUCUCCCAAUUGUACCACAACUAUUUCAAAGCCUUUGUCCCUCAAGCAAAUACCAUAGUAGUUUCUGUGGAGUAUAGGCUUGCCCCAGAGCACCCUCUUCCAACAUGCUACCAUGAUUGUUGGAAUGCACUUCAAUGGGUCUCAUCACACUAUUCCACAAAGAACAACCCUCCCAACAAUGCAGACCCAUGGUUGGUUCACCAUGGUGAUUUCAAUAGGGUUUUCAUAGGGGGUGAUAGUGCUGGUGCUAACAUUGCACACAACAUUGCCCUACGUGCUGGAUCUCAGCCUUUGCCUUGUGAUGUUAAAAUACUAGGGGCAAUUUUAUCUCACCCUAGUUUCUUUAGUUCACACUCAAUUGGAUCAGAACCUGUUGAAGAGGACCAACAUGGUGAACUUUUGAACUUGGUGUACCCAUCUGCACCAGGUGGCUAUGACAACCCUGUGUUCAACCCUUUGGCUUCAGUGGCACCUAGCUUGGCUGGACUUGGAUGCUCCAAAAUGAUUGUGUGUGUUGCUGGCAAAGAUGGAUUCAAGGACAAAGGGAUUUUGUAUUAUGAAUCUGUCAUCAAAAGUGGCUGGCAAGGGAAAAUACAACUCCAUCAUGACAUUGAUGAAGGACAUGUUUAUUAUUUGUUCAAUCCAGGAUCUGAGAAUGCCAAGAAAUUCCACAAACGCUUAGUUUCCUUUAUCCAGGAGUAGAACAGUUAAUCUCUGCUUCUUCUUUUUUUAUUUCUGUUGUAAUAAAUUGCAAGCAACAAUACUACUUCCCGUUCUUGUUAUAAGAUUCAACAAGUUAGAAUAAUUAUUUUUUAUUUUAAA